GAGAAAAUGUGCUGCAAUGAAGUCAGAUUUUGCAUCAUUUUAACCUUGGAAAAACACCAACCAGGAUGCCACUGCAGAAAAAGAUUCGCUCUUCUUCAGCUUCUGGAAGAUUAGAAACGCAACGUGUGACCAGUAUCCUCUUUGAACUGAAGAGGAAAGAGGAGAGAACGGGGAACACGACAGGGCCAGGUGGUCCGGGUGAAAAAGCCACAGGUGACUUCUCAGCACCAGUGGGUGUCAGCGAGGAAAGACGUAAGCUGCCUGAAUGGUUGAGUCGAGAGCUGCUGAAACAGAACAGGAGACGACACUCUGUCACACUGGGAGAUAAGGCAGACAUCCUGAGACAACAACACCACAGUAUUGAAUCAACUCGCAGACUCUGCUGCCUCCAGAUUGAUGAUGCAGUAUCACUCGACAACCUCCAGAAACUGAAACUGGCAUUUGAGGAAUAUGAAACGCGUGGCUUGAGGUUCAUUGAUGCGAAGAGUUUUGGACGCAUAGUGGCAAAGUGUUUGGCUUUGCCUGAGACAAGCAACGCACAAAUUCAAGGGCUGUUCAAGAAGAUUGAUUAUUCAGGCCGAGGAAGGAUUUCAUGGGGGGAUUUCUGCACACACUUGCUUCAGGAGCACAAAGAGAAGCAGGAAACCCUCAGACGCAGUAAGCAGGUGGCGUUCUCUCUGCCGGCCACCACGAGGACGUUGUGUCACGGCGUUGACGUCGUAAACAUCCACUCCGCCCAUGAUGGCACCGUCGCCACAGCGAGAGAAGACGGGAUGGUUUGCUUCUGGAGCGCUGACCUCAAACCAGUGAAGACCAAACACAUGUUUAAUGACGGCCCUGCAAACAGAAAGUCAAAGUGGGCCAGUGAUUUCUGCUUGAUGACAGAGUACGACAAGCUGAUGAUUGCAACGGGGGACAGAGAGAUCCAACUUUAUGACCUUUCCUCUCUGGAGCCUUACUGUCAGAUCAACGCACUCGAAACAGUCCCUUUAACGUUAGACUACAGCUACACAGGCUCUGAUAAAUGCUGUAUCGUGUAUGGAGACACUGAGGGAUGUGUGACAAUUAUUUUAAUAUCCUCAGUUCAAGAUACCCUCAGAUUGUGGAAUAAACUACCAAAAGUUGGAAACAUACCCAACAUAGCGAUGGACAAUGCGGUGCUUUCUCUGAAUGUGACUUUUGUGAGAUGGAAGGUUCAUCGGGACUGGGUGACACAGGCGAAAUAUUUUCAAAGUUUUCAAGCUGUUGUCUCCUCAUCGAAUGACGGAUCUUCGUCUCUUGUCAUAGGCUGCGUGCUGCCACUAACAGACGCCGAGCAGCAGCUGAUUGAGAUCAGAGAGGCCUGCUAUGAAGGGAAGAUUAAGAAGAUCCAACUGAGCUGGACUCCACAGUUGCGGGCAUCGUGUGACCAGACAGUUUUCAGCGUCUACAAAGGGGUCAAGACGUUUGACCUCUGCCGGAAGCACAGCCUGCUGGUCACAGGAGGCAUGGACCGACUCAUACGCAUGUGGAACCCUCAUUUUUCUGGGAAACCGACCGGUGUUUUGAAAGGCCACUCUGCCCCCAUCGUCUAUCUCUUCAUCCUCUCAGAGGACAGUCAAAUCUUUUCUGUCUCCACAGACAACACUGUGAAGAUCUGGGAUAUUCAGGAUCAGUGUUGCCUGUUUACAGCAGACCCAAAAACAAGCGGGAUUCAUGGUGACAUAUCUGCGUGCUCGUAUUCCUCUGCUCUGAAAUCCCUUUACAUUGCUGCAGACUGCAUGGCUGUGCUCUCCCUGAAGAGAAGGCCGCAGCUUCACAGACGCCUGACUGUUUCACAUAAUGAGCCUGUAACGUGCUGCGGCUACAGCGAGGAGUUUCGUCAAGUUGUGAGCUGCACGGAGGGCUCUGUGGUGAAGGUCUGGGAUUUCGACACAGGGAGGCAGGCUUUUGAGUUUGGCGGAGCGCAUGACCUGUCUGCCAUCACAUGUAUGACCUUUGACCCCAAAGGGAGGAGACUUGUCACAGGCGGAAGAGAUGGUUGUUUGAAGAUCUGGAACUUCAACAACGGGCAGUGCCUGAAGACACUGAAAAAGGAUGGUGUUUGUAAUGAGGUGUGUGACUGCAUCUUCCUGCAAGUUCGCAAGAAUUUCUAUGUGAUGUCUGUCGGCCGGGACUGGAAGAUUGACAUUUAUUCAGAUGUACCUGAGGAUUUUCAUCAUGUCCAGAGGCCACACCCUUCCUGGCAGGAUGAUCUGAAAAACGGCCAUAAGGACGACAUCCUGUGCGUGACACAGUGCCCGCCGUCUCUCCUCGCCACCAGCAGCUAUGAUGGAGAGAUUAUCGUGUGGAACGUCGUCUCUGGACGUAUACAGUGUCGUUUUGUCAGCCCUCUUCUGACUGAUCCGAAAACGUCUGGAGGUUUGGAUACAAGCGUUCCAAGCAUCAUUUUCCUAAAGCAGUUUUCCUCGACUACAGCGCUCCUGUCUUCUGGGGCCUUAGGUGAUAUAAAUCUCUGGAACGUGCUCAGUGGAGGAAAAUGUCUGGGCACCUUCAAAGCUUCUAGAUUCCAACAAAAGAUUACUAGAAUGGCAAAAACAGAAAAGGAAAUGUUGCUGUACGCUGCCGACCAAAUUGGUUACAUCUAUGUUUACAACAUGGAGAAGUUUGACCCAGAACAGAAUACUCUCAGAGCUGAAAACUUCUGGAGAGCUCACACCAGCAGAAUCACUGGACUGCAGAUUGUUGACAGUGAUCAAGUGGUGCUUACCUCAUCUACAGACUACACGGUGCGCCUGUGGAGUGCACGUGGAGAAUUCAUAGGGACCUUUGGGCAGUCUGAGAGCUGGAGCAUCCACAUCCCCUCUUCCUGGAAGCAUCCUGCGGUCCCCUAUGAGGUUCUGACUGAUCCUCUGAGUAUGCCAGAUCAUGAAAUUCUGAAAACACAUACACAUCUUUCUGAUGCCAUCAAUCCUGACAACACUGAUACAUACAGAGGGGAGCUUAAGGUGAGUUACUUCACAAGUGAUUAUCUGAGUUCUGCUUUUUCUCCCUCUGUCUCUCUCUUCCUCCAACUGAACUGAACUUUGCCUACUCUUCUUGCGACAUAAUUGCAGUCAGAGAUUCACAGUAAGCCGAGACUUCCUCCAACAUCCAUCAGUGACACAGACACUGAGGAAGAUUAAAAGCCAGCUGCACCCAGAGGAACACAAGAGUGGGUGUGUUAUAACCAUUAUAACAGCAAAGACUACUGUACAUAGGCAAUGCAAGUCUUACGCCAGACUCGGCUUAAAAAGUGACGGAUUUAUAUUUGGAGUCAGUGUGGCUUGGUUUGCAUUUCAGGCUGUGUUGUGAAACUGUCAGGCAUACUAACAAGCUAUCGAACCACAGCGCUCUGAAAGGCUUUGAUACUGCGGAGCCACCAAACCCCAGAGUAAGACCUGACCUCUCCCCCGCUGCUAUCGAUCCUUUCAUAAGCAGUACUGAGGAACAGGAGUCAACUGAAUAAAGGGAAACUGUAUCGAUCACAAUUUGGAAAGUGGGGCGUUGCAGUAUUACUUUCAAUAAAGGCACAGCAAGGAAAAGUUUAACAGAGCGAACGAGAACUUGGGCUGUGUAUAAUCAAACCUUCCUGGCUUUUUCAACAAAGCCAUAUCUGAGGUAAAACAUUGGAUGGAUUACAGUGUAGAAAAAAAAAUUUGAAAAGGUUUUUGGUUUUGUGUGAUCUGAAGCUGCUUCAGUUUGAAAAAAAGAAGGUGAGAAGAAGUGCACGCUGAUGCUGCUCAACUAAAUUCAGGCUGCUCUUAUUUGCAUUGUAGACUCACAACUGUCCACAUCUGUUUGCUGGUGUAUAAAGUGUGACAUUCAUGACUUCAGCCUGUGAGGGAGAGCACAUUUAGUGAGUCUUUCUACUAAAUUAUUAUACAAAAUAUCUACCAAAAUAAUGCAAUAUUAAGAGGCUGCUCAUAUUUACCCUCUAUAACAACUUCACAACAUUUUAGCAUGUUAUACUGAACUCUUGUCCUUUAUUCUAAGAGCAGCUGUAGCCAAACAUUUACAUGGACAGAUGAACAUAUGACUAACUGUAUGUGAACAUACUGCACAGGUUUGGUUGACAAUAACAACCAAUAACAGAACUGUUAUUGUUUACAGGUGCAGUCUUCGGCUGUUUUUGGUAAGAAGGCUCCAAAGUCAGCAGCUAGCUGGUGAACAUUGUGGAUUGCAUUGACUAGCUAAAUAGCAGAUA